UAUUACCUAGUCAUACUUGUGGCAACCCAGGAGAAAUACCUAAAGGAGUACUUCAUGGAACAAGAUUCAACAUUGGAGAUAAAAUCCGAUACAGUUGUGUCUCUGGUUAUAUCCUAGAAGGGCAUGCCAUGUUGACAUGUAUUGUGAGCCCUGGAAAUGGUGCAUCAUGGGAUUUUCCAGUUCCUUUUUGCAGAGCUGAAGGAGCUUGUGGAGGGACACUACGUGGGACAAGCGGAACUAUUUCAAGUCCUCACUUCCCCUCCGAGUAUGAAAAUAAUGCUGAUUGCACCUGGACCAUAUUGGCUGAACCAGGAGAUACCAUUGCUUUGGUCUUUACUGACUUCCAGUUAGAGGAAGGAUAUGACUUCUUAGAGAUCAGUGGAACAGAAGCACCAUCAAUAUGGUAA